CCACUUCCCACUUAUUAGCUUACUUACCAGUACCACCGUGGCUAAAUUAUGUGUAUACCUGGUGCUUGCUAGUUUCUUUUUGGCACGCGGGGUGUAUCAUAGAUACUUCGUAUGGAUGCAUCUGAAAGCAACAUGACAGUGUUUGCUUUGUGUAUUACCUUGAUGUCUGACAAGUAGUACACGUGAUAUUUCGACUGAGUAUGUAUUCCUAUCUCUCACUCAAUGUCUACUUCUGGGCUAUACAAGAAAUUUUUCAUGAACAAUUACAAUUACAAAUUAGAGAAUAUUUCUGAAGUUUUAAAACCUAAUCAUGAUCAGGGACAUUUCCAAGCUGAUCGAGAAGUUUAUAGAGCUCAGUUUCAACGCAAAAGUUGCGAUAAUAAGCGUUUUCAUCUUCUCUCUGAACAAUUAAGGUACGUAGUUCACUAAUAUAACAGUCAAAAUUACUCGUUUUUAAGUGCACACUUACGCUGCAAUAUUUUUAUCGCGGUAGGCCAACCUUUGAGUGCUUAUACUAAGCAUUUCGAUCUCUAAUCUUCUUAGAGGAUCAUUUGAAAAUCU